AAGCAAUUCGAUUCAAGUUGCGUUCCAUAAACGUCAACAAUGUUGGAGUUGCUGAACUUCAUGGUACAGAAGAUAUCCGAGAUAUGAUCCUAGAAAUGUUUCCAGAGUGCAAUCAUGAUCCUAGUCAUAUUCAUGUAUUCAUUGACGAGGCCUCUCAUAACAACAAAGCUCAAAUUGAAAAGUUUUUUAGCUCAAAAUCCAAAAGAAGCCAAUAACGUCAUUUGGAUCGUGGACACGGACAACUCCAUCCAAGUUCCUUUGGAUAAGGGAUUUGUUAUGGAAGAAGGGCUUCGUUUGAACCUAAGGAACUCAGAAGAGGUGCUAAAUGCAAUUGAACUUGCCAGGCACGGACAACAGUUUGAUGGAUGCCCAACAGUGGAUGGCGAAAGAGACUCAAAAGUAUUCAGUGAGGCAUUGAAGUUCGAGCCAAGUGUGAAGAAAAUUUUGGUUGUUUUGGACAGUUACCGCCUAAACAAGUUGCUGAAAAUUACCUUGGAGGAUGGAAUAAAUGGGCGCUUUUUGUACUAUGGAUGUUUGGAGGAUUCAAAGACAUGUACAGAUGAAGAACUCGAGGCCUUUUUUGAUGCAUCUAAUCAAGACAGGCUAAUUCUCGUAGCACCCGAGCACGUAAGCGAUGGUAUUGAGGUCGAAAUGGUCCUCGUUCCUGAGAUUCACGAUGUUGCUGACACCACCCGAUAUCGUGCAAAGACCAAGCUCAAAACAGCCUAUCUCAAUUCAUCGGCCCAUGUGGAGCUCUUGCAACAAAAUCCAACCCCAUUGUUUAAGAAUGAAAUUGAAGACGUGCUGAGACAGACAACGUGGCAAAUCGGGGCUCUCGGGACAAGCGGAAUAUGUGUGUACUCGCAAUUAAGACCAUUCCAUGACUUGAACAAGAAAUCAACCGUCCAGUAUUACUCUGGUAUGACAGAAUUUCAAACCAAGCACCCUAGGUGGAUGAAUCACUAUGGACCACCUAAAAUCAUGAAAAUAUACCGAGUAGUCCAAGAAAAAUCGCCCAACUCAACUACUUCUAAUUAUCCUUUUCUCCUUUGGCUCCAACCUCACGAUCAUCAAGUUAUAUUUCUAAUUGGAGUGGAGGACUCUUUCACCUCAUGCACUUCAUUUAUCAACGUGGAAGAUGUGCCAAUCGUGAAUCUGUUCGUAAACAAUCUCGUCCCAACAAUGGGUAUCUGGAGGGAUAUUUUCAUAGUUGAGAUCUUCCGCUCUUUUUUUCUCAACAUUGAUUUGGAAACUUCGUUCGAUUUGAAUCGGCUUUUCACAAUAUGGUCUCGAGUGUCUGAAGAAUUGAAACGAAUGCAUUUACUGAAUGUGGACGAGAGAACGCCCUUUCCGUCAUCGGAUCUCAGGAGGACCUUGCUUAAACGGCCUCUGCAUUUCAGUAUGAGUCUUCAAGCCAACCUCAGUUCGAUUGUUUCAUUGUUGCCCACGUUUGCUCCAAACGGCGAGAUUCAUCACUGGGACUUGAUUCAAACUCUUUUGGGAUGGUGGAGCCCCAACGACGGCGAUGCCUUGGCAAAUCACCUCUUGCGUCGGGAAUUUGCCCAUCAUACUUACAUGCCCUUAGAUAACGAAGCUAGGGGUUAUGAUUUGAUUGGCUAUUGGGACAUCUCUCCUGACCUCACUACCCUCUUGACAGUGUUUUCCCCACAACGACUUCUUCAAGCCCAAAUUCAGCCAGAUUCCCCGUUCCAGGUUGAGAAAAUUACCAGCUUGCGGAUGGAAUUGAGGACAGGGUUUUUUAACUGGAUGUCACCAGCUGCUACGCUCUCAAAGCUCAAUUGGCCUCUAAUUCAAUUGAUUUGGUUAAAAGAGAUGACUUGGCUAUGGAAACGGAUCAUAAAGAAGAAGUUCCGACACGGCUUGAAAAAGCCUUGGAGUCACGUGAUAUCAAAAUGGCACACAAAGAGCCGAAAGGUUGAAAAGAAGAUGUUUAAAGCGAUGGGCAUCACCUCAAUUUAUUUCGGAGAGGAAACACAAACGACCGCCUAUUCAGUAGCCAAGGAAUUAUUCACUAAGGAAAUUGUGUAUUUUGAGAUGUUCAAUGAGAUUUCCUUGGCCUUUAUCGAGCUGCUCAUAUUCAUAUCACAACAACCCAAACCCAGUUAAAAGGAAGUGAAAAACAGAAAUGUCGAUUUUUUUUUUUGAUUUUUUUCCCUUCCGAUUCGGAGCCCGAAACAUAUUAAAGAUGGUUAUUUAGAGAAUAUAUUUGUAUACAAAACUCC